AUGUCUGAUGCAAGUGACAGCCAGAACAGGUCCGAUGAAGAGGUUAAUCUCAGUGAGGGAACAAGCCCUAGUGGAAGCUAUGAUGAGGGCAGCAGAAGCACUCCAAGCAAUCUGCCCAAAGCUGCCACCAGACAAAGGAAGAAGAGAGCCUCAGAAAGUGAGGAUGAGGACUUUGUGGUUGAAGAAGAGGUCACUUCCACAAAGAAGAAAGUGCUCAAGAAGGAGUAUCUUGCUGCUGCUACAAAGCGAGGUCUCCAGAAGAAGGCUCCUGCAAAGAGAGUUCCUAUGUCUAAAGCCAUAAAGUCUACACAAGAAACUAUGACUUUCACUCUUGAACAAUCAGAUGAUGAUGAUUUUGUUGUUGGAAAGAAGAAGAAGAAGAAGAGAGCUAGGAAUACCACUGCCACGGUUCUUGGAAAGCCUUCCAUGAGGGAAGAUGAAGAAGAGGAGGAAGAGGAACUAGCUGCACCCCCUGCCAAGUCUCAGAAGCUAAUGGUAGAUGCCAUGAAAUCUGCAGGUGCACCCUCCAAGUUCAAGUCCAAGCCUGCAACUAAAGCCGCUGCUCCCAAGAGAUCCACAAGAAACAUCCCUGCUGUUGAAAAGAACAAGGCCCCAAUGCCAGAGGUUCAGGAGGAUGAAGAGCCACAAGUGCUCAGGAAAUUGAAGCCCAAGAUUCCAGACCAUGAUGAUGGACAUCCAGUGGCUGAAAACAUGAAGCUCAGAAAGGAUUGUGGACUGAUAGAAUGGAGGAAGUUGAUCCAUAUUAUGCACGAAGGAGAAUAG